AUGGUACAUCAUUUGCCGCAAGUCGUGAUUUCGAAAGUUCAUUUUGUUACUGAAUAUUCUAGAGUAAUUGGUGCAAAUGGACCAGCAACUCAUUUUUGGUGCAUGCGAUUUGAAGGCAAACAUUUGUAUUUCAAACAAUUAGCUAUAAGAUCGUUGAAUUUCAAAAAUCCAGCAUUUACUCUUAUCAAGCGACAUCAACUUCGACAAUGUCUUAUGUUGUCCAACAAGAACUACUACAAUAUAUUUACUGAAACGAUAUCAUUAAAAACUAUAAAAUACUCUCAGUUAUCAAUACCAGUUCAACGUUUGUUUAAACAGAAUGAUAUUAAUCAAACAAUAUUUGAUGAAUGUAAAAGAAUCCAUUAUAAAAAUGUUGUGAUAAUGAAGCAAUCAGUAUUCAUUGAAAAAUUACUUUAUGUAGAAGAAGAACCACGCUUUGUUUAUAUCUUGCACCUCUUGAACAUACAAAACACUUGGAAAGCAGUUGUUGAACAUUUGCAAGUAGUAGGAUUCAAUGAGAAGAUCUGGUCUUAUGAGGUCGAGUUUCGUGGAACAUUAGAUUUAUUAGACUUUGAUAAAUUUUUGUGCAUUUUACCUCAUGGACUUGAUAUUUACUAUGUCCGAGAAGAAGAAAUCGAUGGAAGUAUGUUGGCGAAGUUGCCAUUUGAUGAAUUACGUGUAUUAUUUCCAAAAUUAAAAGAUCGAGUAUUAUUUACUGAAAAGCUUGAUUUGUUGAUAAAAGGAAGCAACAGCAUUGAAAAUGAACAAUUAGAAUCAGAAAGUGCUUUAAAUGCAUGUAGCAAACAAACAUUUGAUAAAUGUACUGCAUCACAAACAACAGCUUCAACAAAAGAUUCGCUCGAUGAUCCAUUGCUAUCUAGUAAUGAUAGGAGUAAUGAUACAUUUGACACAACAUCAAAUGUGGAUGACAAAACAAAUGAAGAUGAAAAUGAUGGUUCCGAAGAAUUGCAACAGAAUUUGCCGUUAGAUUUUACAUUGGUAUCAUUACCAGAAGAAUUAGAAGAGAUUAUUAAUGAAAACGAGCUAAUAAAACUACGUGGACAUACAAAUCAUAGACGAAUAUUGCUCAACUUCGUAUUUAAAGUUGUUUUUAAUACUUAUAAUAUAUUGUAUCCAAAAGCACAUGAUUACUUUUUAAUUACACACGCUUUGCUUAAAGCAUUAAAAAUUCCAACGACAGAUACAAACGCAGCAAAUGAAUGGCACGAAGCGAUUAAACAAAAGUUUAAAAAUGAACGUCGUCUUUUACAAAAAAUAUCUCCGAUGGUUCAAGGAAAAAAGGAAAAGUUUGGUAAAGGUUCUGGCCGUUCUGCAAAAAAAAGCGAAGUUUUGUCUGCUGAGAGAAAACAUGAAAACAUGAUUUAUGUUAGUACGAUUAUGGAUGAAUGUGAUAUUGAGCAAUUAGUUACGACAAUGAAAGAAGGUAUUCGAAAUGGAACAAUACAUAGCGAUACAUUGAAUACCUUAUGGAAGAAAACAUUCGGUUAUCGUCGAUUGUUUAUUCGUUCGCAUACAACCAAUGAAAUAUUGGAAAAGUUUCCCGGUUAUUCAUAUCCAUGCCUGAUGUUUGAAGAAGUAAAAAUGAUUGAAAAUGUUGAUAUUGAAAAUAAUGUGUCUAAAUUAUUACCACGGUUAUUUGAUAAAUUACCAAAUAAUUCAUUAUUUAUAAUGGAUUUGCUGCCAAUUCGUAUAAUAAAGCUAUUAUGCAAACAAUUCCAUCAAUCAGUCAGUCACAUCUUAGUCGAUAAUGAGCCCCUUGUUCCAACACCUUGCAUUAAAGUAUCCAAUGAAAAUUUUGAAUUAUAUCUUGAUUGGCAAGUUGUCGCAGAAACAAGAAAUCCUACAACAGCAUUAUCAUUAUUAUUAUCAUUGUACAAUGUAUUUGAAGUUAAAUUUGCUAAAAACAACCAUACUUCUCGUUUAUUAAAUGGUGUUUUUUUCCAAAAUGGAGAAGAUCUUGGAAAAAAUUUACGAAUUCUUUUAAAUUCGUGGCAUUUCACAUUUGAAGACCGUAUAAAAAAAUUACAAAUUCAAACAACAAAUACAAUCGCCUAUGUUGAUAAACGAACAACAUCAGAAUUACAGCUUCAUCCUUAA